AUGUCUGGUUUUUUCUGGAACAUGCGUGGUUUUAACAAAUCUAAAAAACAUUCUAUUGUUCGUGAUUGGUUGCAAACUGAAUCUCUGCAGUUUGGGUGUUUACUUGAAACGCGUGUCCAGGAAACUAAGGCCCCUAGGAUCAUUUCUUCAGUGUUCCGUGGAUGGUCUUCGAUUACUAACUAUGAGUUCAAUGAUCUUGGUCGAAUUUGGGUGGUAUGGAAGGAAGAUGUGCGUGUAACACCGGUUUUUAAGAGUGGUCAGGUCGUCACCUGCUCAAUUCUUUUGCUUGGUAACACUAUGGAAUUCUUUGUCUCGUUUGUUUAUGCAUACAAUUUGGCUGAAGAAAGAAAGGAGCUUUGGGAGGAUCUUAAGUCUCAUUUUGACUCCCCACUUUUUACAAAUCAGCCUUGGGUGAUAGUUGGAGAUUUUAACGAAAUACUUGAUGGUGCUGAGCACUCUACUUAUGAUGACAAUCCCUUUGUCACUAGUGGGAUGCGGGACUUUCAGGAUGUGUCCAAUUUACACUGGCUAUUGGUGGGUGACAAGAACAACAAAUUUUUUCACAGAGCUGUCCAGGCUCGACAAGCCCUUAAUGCUAUUCGAGAGAUUCUCUGUCAGGAUGGCUCCAUUGCAAAAACUCAACCGGAGAUUAAAGCGGAGGCAGUAAGGUUCUUUGAGGAGUUUCUAACUUUUGAGCCAAAUGACUAUGAGGGGAUGAGCGUUUCUCAGUUAGAGGAGUUAGUGUCAUUUCGUGUCUCUUCUCCUCAACAUGAGGGUUUGUUGAAGUUGGUUUCUGAUGAGGAGAUUCGACACACGCUAUUUAAGAUGCCGGUUGGUAAGUCCCCUGGUCCGGAUGGUUAUACUGUUGAGUUCUUUAAGCAAGCAUGGUCAGUUAUAGGACGAGACUUCGUUGUUGCGGUUCAAUCUUUCUUCCUUAAAGGCUUCCUCCCUAAAGGUGUAAACUCAACAAUUUUGACUCUCAUCCCAAAAAAAUCCGACUCUACGGAGAUGAAGGAUUACCGUCCUAUUUCUUGCUGCAAUGUGUUGUAUAAGGUAGUCUCCAAGAUUAUUGCUAAUCGUUUGAAGAUUAUAUUGCCUUCAUUCAUUGCUCCUAAUCAGUCAGCUUUCAUAAAGGAUAGGCUUAUGAUGGAGAACCUGUUGCUUGCUUCUGAAUUGGUGAAGGACUAUCACAAGGAGUCCAUCUCCCCUCGGUGUAUGAUGAAGAUUGAUAUCUCCAAGGCCUUUGAUUCAGUGCAAUGGCCUUUUCUUAUCAACAUCCUCAAAGCUAUUAAUGUCCCCGCGAAUUUCAUUCAUUGGAUAGAACUUUGUAUCUGCUCUGCUUCUUUCUCUGUGCAAGUCAAUGGGGAGUUAGCUGGUUAUUUCCAAAGCAAAAGAGGUUUGAGGCAAGGAUGUUCUCUAUCCCCUUAUCUAUUUGUCAUUUGUAUGAAUGUCCUGUCCCUAAUGCUGGAUAAGGCUGCUACUGAUCAGUUCAUUGGUUAUCAUCCUCGCUGCAAAACAAUGAACCUCACACACCUCUGCUUUGCUGAUGAUAUUCUCAUCUUUACUGAUGGGAGCUCACACUCCAUAGUGGCGACUCUAGCUGUUUUUGAUAGGUUUGCCGCUGUCUCGGGCCUCCGAAUAAACCUUCAGAAAUCCUCGCUGUUCAUGGCUGGUUUUUCAACUCAACAUCAGCACGACAUCCUACAGCACUUCCAGUUCUCUGUGGGCUCACUACCUGUUCGGUACUUGGGACUCCCUCUCCUCACCCGUUCUAUGACGCAUGCUGACUAUCUUCCUCUCCUUGAGCGUAUUCGUAGUCGUAUAUCCUGCUGGACUGGUCGGUUUCUGUCUUUUGCGGGUAGACUUCAGUUGAUAAAGUCGGUGUUAUCUAGUCUCACCACUUUCUGGUUCUCUGCUUUCCGUUUGCCGAAGCGAUGCCUUCAGGAGAUUGAUAGUCUCUUCUCGGCUUUCUUGUGGUCUGGUCCGGCUCUAAAUACAAAAAAGGCCAGAAUCUCUUGGCUUGACGUGUGUAAACCAAUGCAUGAGGGAGGGCUGGGGCUUCGUCGUCUGCAGGAUACGAACACGGUGUGUAUUUUGAAGCUCAUUUGGCGACUAGUGUCUGCUAGUACCUCUCUUUGGGUCAACUGGGUUCGAAGGAACUUGAUCCGCACUGGUUCGUUUUUCUCUGUCAAUGAGAGGAGUGUUGGUGGAUCAUGGAUGUGGAGGAAGAUUUUGAAAUACCGUGACCUUGCUGCGAAUUUACAUAAAAAGGAGAUAUCUUCGGGCACUGACACUUCAUUCUGGUUUGAUGUUUGGAGCCCUAUUGGUCUGCUGUUUGCUCAACUUGGGAACCGGGGUAACAUUGAUAUGGGGAUCCCACAGAAGAGUAUUGUGGCAGAGGCCCUCUUGCAUCGACGACGACGGCAUCGUGUUGAUAUUCUGAAUCAGAUUGAGGAUGCUCUUGACUCUAUCCGCCACUCAGUGCACCCUCAAGGUAGUGAUCGUCCACUCUGGAAACAGAGGAAUGGUUCUUUUAAGAGUAUAUUCGCUUCCUAUGACACUUGGUGUUUAAUAAGGCAACCAAAUGCUCCCUGUGCCUGGUCUGCAGGCGUUUGGUUCACUCAUUCAACACCUAAGUACGCCUUUAUAGCUUGGCUUGCUCACCAUAAUCGGCUCUCUACUGGUGACAAGUUAGUUCAGUGGAACGCUGCUGCAAAUGGAGAUUGUGUUCUCUGUCAGGGUUGUGGGGAAACGAGAGAACAUCUUUUUUUCUCCUGCUCCUAUUCCUCGAACGUGUGGUCUACUCUUGUUCACAACUUGCUGGGAGCCCGGUUCACCACGUCUUGGACAACAUUGGCUUCUCUGCUCGUGGACUCUUCUACUCCUCGCCUACCCCUGUUUGUCCUGCGGUAUGUCUUCCAAUCCACUAUACACAGCCUAUGGCGGGAACGUAAUGCUCGAAGGCACGGAGAAGCUCCUAUUUCGUCAUCCACCCUUUGCCGCUUCAUCGACAAGCAAGUCCGCAAUCGUUUGCUCACACUGACCUCCACCUCUGGCUAUGAGAAUGGACUCCAGCUCUGGUUUCGAAGUCAUCCUCUCCCAACCAUAUCAGUCUCUUAA